AUGGCACAUACUGCCUCUUCUUCUCCAAAGCAACAGCGCAUUGAGUGGAUGUGGAAAUCGAAUGCCGAUCCGUGGUCUUCUUCAGAAAAGGAACAGUGGACUCCUUAUAUAGAUGUAGAGUCAAUAAUAAUCGAAGAAGCUUUUCAAAACAAAGCAUCGGAAGUCCUUCUGGAUGAUUAUCAUAUCAAUCUAAGACAUUUCGUUCAAAUAGCUAAUAACAAUUCAGAGACUCAACGACCCGUUAAACGUGUUAUUCAGGAACGGGACGAUAAGAUAAAAAUAAGAGAAGCGCGAUUCAUUCCCAGUGAUAUUUGGCCAUCCAAAUCUUUUGAACAAUGGGGAAGUGGUGCCUCCAAUUUUAUUUUUGCCGUUAGAAAUCACUUUGAUUUAGACGAUGAAUUUUCAUUAGAUGAUGUACCUUCUUGUCGCUUUAUGGUGAAGAAAGCAGCCGAGGGUCUGAUUCUCGAAGGCAAAAUGGCAGGAAAACAGAAGAUUGCUGAAUGGAUGACAGAACAAUUAUUGAAGGUAAAAGACGGACCCACAGAAAACGUAGUUAACGUUUGCGCUCGUCUCUACUCUAUGGAAAGUUUUUUGCUCCGGAAGAUCAACGAAGUUAUGCGAUUGGAUGGCGAUAAGGAAAAGUCACAUUUGUGGUAUAGUAAAAUACCUACCUUUGGCCCAUUUACUUUUCUCCUCCACGAAAUGCCCGAACAUGGUAGUGAAAGCAAGACGACUGUCUUCCGAGGAGCCACUCUAACUGACGAGUUAAUUCAACAAUAUCAAAACUCGGACAAAAGUGGUUACAUGAUGUUUCCGGCUUUCACUUCUACUAGUCGCAAUCCAAUAGUAGCUGAAAUUUUUGGAGGCAAUACAAUUUUUAUGAUCGAUAUCGUACCUCGCAAAGAUGCUAUCGAUAUAUCGUCUUAUUCUGCCAUACCUGAUGAGGAAGAAUUAUUAUUGCAUGCUUGUUUCGAGUUUCGUGUAGAAUCGUGCACUUUUAACAAUGACAAAAAUAAAUGGAUUAUACAUCUUAAGUCAUUUUAUGUACAAUGA